AUGUCUUCUAGUGGAGGAGGUGGUGGAGGCCUUCCUUCCGAACAACAAAUCAACAAGGAACAUAAAGCUAGAAGAGCAGGUAAUAAAUUUAAAAAGAGAGAAGUUCAAAGAAAGAAGAAAUUAGGUGUUUCUGAGGAACAACAAAAAGGUGAUUAUGUAAAUAAUCGUGCCAAUACAGUUGGUAAAGGAAAUGCUUUUGCAAGAGAUUUAAAAUAUAAAUUAGAUAAAUUUGAAUCUAAAUUACAUGCACCAAUAGUAUCAAGAAUAUAUGGAGAAGGACCACCUAAAAUGGUUGCUGUUGUUGGACCACCUAAAUCUGGUAAAACAACAUUAAUUACAAGUCUUGUUAAACAAUAUACUAAACAAACAUUAACAGAAGUGACAGGACCAAUUACAGUAAGAACAGGAAAAUCAAGAACAACAUUUUUUGAAUGUCCAAAUGAAAUUAAUGCAAUGAUUGAUAUGGCUAAAACAGCAGAUUUAGUUUUAUUAUUAAUUGAUGCUUCUUAUGGAUUUGAAAUGGAAAAUUUUGAAUUUUUAAACAUGUUACAAGUUCAUGGUAUGACUAGAGUGAUGGGUGUUUUAACACAUUUGGAUUUAAUUAAAAAAGCAAGAACAGUUAGAAAAUUGAAAAAGAAAUUAAAGCAUCGAUUUUGGACAGAAGUAUGUGAUGGUGCUAAAUUAUUUUACCUUUCAGGUUUAAGAGGAGGAUUAUAUACACCACGUGAAACAAUUAAUUUAAGUCGUUUCAUUUCAAUUAUUAAACCUAGACCUAUAAAAUGGAGAACAACACAUCCUUGUGUUGUAGUUGAUAGAUUUGAAGAUGUAACUGAUCCACAAUUAAUUGAAGAAAAUUCUAAAAUUGAAAGACAUGUUUGUUUAUAUGGUUAUGUUAGAAAUACUUUCCUUAGAAAGGGAACUCCAAUUCAUAUUCCAGGUUGUGGUGAUUUUACUUUAAAUAAUAUUACUACUUUAGAAGAUCCACUUCCACCAAAACCAAAAGAAAAACAACGUUCAAAAUUAGACAAAUUCAAAGGUUUAUAUGGUCCAAUGAGUAAUUUAGGUUCAGUUUUUUAUGAUAAGGAUAAUGUUUAUAUUGAUAUUUCAAAUAAUGAAUCAUUGAAUGAAAAUAAUCGUCAUGGUGGAAUUGAUCAAGCUGAAGAAUUAUUAUUAACACGUAAAGGAAAGGAUAUUUCAUCUGAAAAGAGAGAAGAAAGAAAACAUCAAGCUGAAGAAACUUCAAAGAUUGUUAAAUCUCUCAUUGAACAAUCUGAUAUUAAUUUAGAUGAGAAAAUUUCAAAUCAACAAGUUAAAUUAUUCUCUGGUGCUAAAUCUGCUCUCAUUGCAAAGAAAUCUUCAACCAUUGUACCUUCAUCCCUUAAUAAUAAUAACAAUAAUAUGGAAGAUGAUGAUGAUGAAGAUGAAAUUGAUGAAGAGUUUGAUGAAGAUAUGGAUGAAGAAGAAUUCCUUCGUAAAUAUAUUGAUAAUGAAGCUGAAGAAGAUGAUGAAGAUGAUGAUGAAAUGUCUGAUGAUGAAGAUUCAAAGUUCCAUAGAAAGAGAAGAGGUAUUGCUAAAUUAAUGGGAGAUGAUGAAGAUAAUGAUGAUGAAAUUUAUGCAGAGGCUCUUAAUACAUCAACAAAAUCUUCUAAAAAGAAGGAGAAUAUCGUUUAUGAUGAUUCCGAUGAAGAAGAUGAUGAUUUAGAUGAAAAUACAAGAAAAAUCAUUAGAGCUGGUGAUGAUGAUGAAGAAUAUUUUGAACCUAGAAAAUUAAAAGUUAAUGAAUCAACUGGUCAAUUUGAAAUUGAAGGUAAUGAAGAAGAGGAAUUAUCUGAUUUGGAAGAAGAAGAUGGAACAGGUUCAGCUGCAAACAAGUGGAAAGAAGGAAUGGAAGAAAGAGCUAGCAGUCAAUUUUAUGAUGCCACUAUUAGUUUACAACAAUUGGUUUAUGGUGAACAAGAAGAAGAAGAAGAAGAUGAUGGAGAAGCCAAUCAAAAUGAUGAUGAUGAAGAAGAACAAGUUCAACAACAAAAGAAUGAUUUGGAUGAUAUUUUCAACUUUAAGAAACAAAUUACAGAAAAGAAGAAGAAAUUAAAUGUUGAUCGUUUGAAGGUUGAUUUUGUUGAUAGAACUAGAACUCAAAUUGAACCAACAGAAAUUAAACAUGAUUGGGAAGAUGCUGAAUUUAGAGAAACAAUUCGUAACAAGUUUGUUACAGGUGAUUGGUCAUCAAGAAGAGAUGCUAAUAAUAAGCCAAUUGCUUCUAAGAAAUCAAAGAAUGUUGAAAAAGAUGAAGAAGAACAAGAUGAAAUGGAAGAUGAUGAAAUUCAACAAGAUGAUGAAAAUGAUGACAUUCUUGAUGAAUUACAAAAGAAGAGAAUGGAAAAGAAGAAAUCUUUUGAUGCUCAAUUUGAUGAAAAGAAAUCAAGUGAUAAGAAAGAAGGUUCUGCAGGAGUAGAGGAAGAAGAAGAAGAUCCAAUUACAACUAUUGAAAAACUCAAGAAGAAACUUCGUGAAGAUGAUCCACAAAUGAUUUUAAAUAAGACUGAAUUCCAAAAUUUAACAAGAGAACAACGUGAAGAAAUUGAAGGUAUUUCACCUGGAUCUUAUGUUAGACUUGAAAUUAAUUCAUUCCCAACAGAAUUUAUUGAAAAUGUUAAUUUUAAAAAUCCAAUCAUUGUUGGUGGUAUGCAUCCAGAAGAGUGUCGUAUGGGUUUAAUCAAGAUGAGAAUGAAGAGACAUCGUUGGUAUCCAAGAACACUUAAAAAUAAGGAUCCACUUGUAUUUAGUAUUGGUUGGAGAAGAUUUCAAUCCAUUCCAACUUAUUGUAUGCAAGAUGAUAAUGGUAGACAUCGUCAAAUUAAGUAUACACCUGAAUAUAUGCAUUGUAUUGCAGCAAUUUAUGGACCAUUUGUACCACAAAAUACAGGUGUUAUUGCAUUCCAAACAUUGAGUGAAAAAGUUGAUACAUUUAGAGUUUCAGCUACUGGUUAUGUUAUGGAAAUGGAUCAAGAUUUUUCAAUUGUAAAGAAAUUGAAAUUACUUGGUUAUCCAAAAAUAGUUCAUAAGAAUACUUGUAUUGUUACUAAAAUGUUUACAAGUGAUUUGGAAGUUGCAAAAUAUGAAGGUGCUUCUCUGAGAACUGUCAGUGGUUUAAGAGGAAGUGUUAAAAAACCAUUUAGAGGAGAUAAAGCAUCACCUGGUGAUUUUAGAGCAACUUUUGAAGAUAAACUCAUUCGUGGUGAUAUUAUCUUUUUAAGAUGUUGGUAUGCUUUAGAAUUGGAACGUUUCUAUAAUCCAGUUUAUAAUCAUUUAACAAAGAAAUGGUAUGGUAUGAGAACAGUUUCACAAUUAAGAAAGUUAAAACAUCUUCCAAUUCCAGUUAAAGAAGAUUCACUUUAUAAGGCAAUUAAUUCAAGAUCAACAGCAGGUCAUGAUGCUCAUUUUGUUCCAAAACCUAAAUUAUUGAAACAAUUACCAUUCUCUGAACAACGAAAGAAAGUUGUUCAAGUUACAGGUUUAACAAAUAAUCUUAAUGAUUUCAUUGCAGAAGAUGCUCCAAUUCAUGAAUUAACAACUGCAUUAAUGAGUGAUAAGGAAGUUGAAAGAGCAAAUAUGCUUCGUAAAUUGAAAGCAAUUAAUUCUGAAAGAGAAAAGAAGAAUUCAAUUAAUGAAUUGAAAUUAAAGAUGAAACAAAUGAAACAUCAAGUUCAAGAAGAAAGAGCUAAGAGUAAAUCAAAGAAAUCAACAAUGAAGAGAAGAGCUGUCAUGAAGGAAUUGAGUCGUGUAAAGAAGGCUAAAUAUUUUGUUAAUGAAGAAGGUGGUGCUGGUGCUGGUGGUUCUGCUGAUAAAUAAUUUAUCCCUAAUAAUAAUAAAUUGUAUAUAAAAAAGUUU